AAUUCUCGGUGUGCGUGAUCGUUGUGGCUCUGCCGUCUGUGGCAUAUGCGAUGCGGUGAUCGCAUUUUCACUUUAAUAUAACAUUUGAAACGGUACUUGCCGGUUUGAUUAGAUCGCAUUGGGCGCGAGUGCUAGUCGGUGGGGGAAGUGGAUUUUUAAUUAAAAAAUAUUUACGACACGAAUACACCGUCGCUAAAGUCAAAUAAAAGUGAUAUUUAGUGAAUGAUUUGCAAGUAGAAUUCUCGAAAAAAAGUGAAAAUUCUGAAAUGGAAAAUUUCGAAAAUUAGUAAGCAAAUGUUGAAAUUAAAAAAAUAUAUAAUAAUGGCAGGCAAUGCAAAUCAACGAGCAAUAAUUUGCCGAAACUAAAUGUGCGUUUUGAAAUUGUGAUGAAAUAUCAAAAAUUUUAAAUGUGAGAAAUAUUUAGUUGAAAUAAAAAAAAAUUUUUGAAAUAAAAAAAAAUUUUGAAAUAAAAAUAUUUCGUUGAAAUAAAAAUAUUUUUGUGCCCGAAUUUGUUUGGUGUGUGAAAACAGCUCAAACCCACAACAAAGUGUUUAUUUCUUAAUAUUUGUGCUAAGGAUGUCACUUUCGAAAACAACGAAAUUUCUUUUACUAAAUUGGAUUAUUAUAAAUACAGUCUUAUAAGCGAGAGCGUACAACUGUAGACUGGAGAAAUAAAAUUUCUUUGGUACUUGCAGGUGGAAUAGUUUAUGGACUUGCAUGCGGUUGCUAUAGCGUUGUUGGCUCUAAUCACAAUCAACACCAAGAUGAUGAUGCCAUUCGGUUAUGUCGGCGUUGUGCAGGACGAACGCAAGUGCCAGUAUUUAAGACCGUCGCGCAUGCUCAAAAUCCGUUGCUUCGAAAUGAAUCUGAGGGAGGUGCCACAGUACCUGAAAUCGUCCGUUGAGAUUCUGGAUCUCGCAUUCAAUCGCAUUAAAAAGCUCAAACGCAACUCAUUUGAACGUUACACAAGCAUUAAAAUAUUAGUGCUCUAUGAGAAUAAGAUACAAUCGGUGGAGCCGGGCACAUUUGCGCCACUAACAUCGUUGGAGGAGAUUGAUUUGUCAAAUAAUGCGCUCGUCUCAAUACCCUUGGAAAUCUUUCAAUUACCCUCACUGCGAAAUCUUUAUGUUGACAGCAACGAGCUCUUUAAUCUGGACCGCGAUCUGCAGGGUCUUGAAACUCCAAUACAAGCACCGCUGGAAUAUUUAAAUGUAGCCGAUUGCGGCUUAGAGAACCUGCCCGAUUUGGGUGUACUGCCAAAAUUAUGGCAAAUUAAUGCCUCAUCCAAUCCGCUGACUGAACUCACCGUGGACACACUAGCCAAUAUGUGCAAUUUGCGCACAAUGGAUCUGACAAAAACAGAAAUCAGCGAUUGCGCUCUACAACAAGUGAAUCGGUACUUGCGAUAUAUUGGCGCCAGCUCUAAAUAUGUCCCGAUAUCUUUGGACGACCUCGACAACACCAAAUGUCCGGAUCCAUACAACGAAACUGUCAAUUCAACGACAUAUCAUAGCUGUAAAGCAGAGGCUGAACUUGCCAAAGUGCUCAGCUGGCGCUGGUGGGCGAUCGCAGCGGCAGCAGCAUUGGCGAUGCUCGUCUUUACAUGGUACUGCUGUCGUCGCAAUUCGAAAAAGAAGAAGAAGAAGUCAAAGGCCAAAACCAAAGUAAAUGCGCUGCCGCCCAAACAGCAACCGUUAGUGUCGCCCACGCUCGCGCUCAAGAGUCACAACGAUCGCACAAUGCUGCAGGACUGUGAUUGUGCGUAAUCGCUUAAUUACAACCAUAACAACAACAUAGCGCGUAAUUUUAGAUGUACAAAUGCUAUAAAUAGCUGCAAUUAAAUAGCAAUUUAUUUACAACUACAACAACAACUAUACCAACCACUGAAAAUGUAACUACUUAAUGGCUGCGCCGCUUGGGCGGGUAGGGUAUAGUUUUUUCCAUUAUUUUUUUUUCUUUCGAAUAUAUUUAGUUGUUAGAUAAAUUCGCCAUACAGCAAAGUGGUGCCAAAAAGUACUAAAUACGAACUUAGAUAUCGAAUUGCAACGAACUGAAGGCGAAAUCGUUUUGCCAAAACUACAAGUGCCUACACUAGUAAACAUAGUUGAAUAAUUUUCUUGUUAUUUUUACAAACAUCGUACAUUUAGAGUACCAUGUCAACAUAAAAGUAUUAAAAGUUGUAGCCUUAGCUUCGCUUAGUGUAAAAUGUCUUUCUUAAUGCAAUAAUAUGGAAUUAUUUCGUUUAGUGAAUUUGACAAUAUUUGUACAUAAAUUAAUAUGUAAUUAAAUGUUAGUUUAGCAAAUUACACAUAUAUAUGUAAAUAUGAAAUAUAUAAAGUAUAAAUGUAUAAAUAAUAAAAACCAAAAAACAAAAAUAAGAUAAAAUA